UGAUGAUGACUACAUUGGAAAAGCACCUAUAGAGAUAUGCGAGAUUAUGCCAUUUAUUCAUAUACCUAUUUGCUUGCAAGCUAAGGAUCUCAUUCAGUUCGUUGGAGUGUUCAUGGCACUUGUUGUGACAUCUGCAGGGAUUAGUGCUGGAAGCUCAACAUUUGGUUAUGAAAAAGUAGUUUACUGGCGAGACACAUCAGCAGGGAUGCGCACUAUUCCGUAUUUUCUUGCUAAAAUAAUCGCCAAUAUUCCUCGUUUAAUUAUUGCAGCACUUGUAUUUUCAUUAGCAUUUAUUAUAUUUUACUCGAAUAGGGCUAGUUUCUUGCAGAUUUAUAUUAUUGUUUUGAUUAUUUAUAUCAAUGCAUGGGCGAUGGGGUAUUUUAUAUCAGUGAUAGUACCAAAGGAGAAAAUAAGUCUUUUUGGGAUUGGGUUUGCACUUGCUUGGGCACCAAGGUGGGCAAUUGAAGCAUUUUAUCUUAAAGAAUUAGAACCUAGACCAUGGGAUGAAAUUAAGACUGAACCACUGAGACAUACAUACAGUUUUGAUAAUUAUACACAAUGUUUAUUAAAUAUUUUAUCAAUUGCACUUGGAUGGGCUGUGCUUGCAUUUUUCGCUAUAAA